CCUCCGUUAUCCGCCGGUCGGUCACCCACAUGAGCGCGAGACCGCGAGGACGAGGAGGAGAGCGCGCGCGCUCGGAGAUUACCGCAUGAGGGAAGUCAAAGCGGAGAGACCGGAGGGAUAAACAUACAAGAAAACACGAAUUCCGAAAACAAGCCGCUGGAAAUGUCGUGUUAAAGAUGGAUGUGUUUUGAGAAUAAAAGAAAGAAAGAAAUCAGGAGCGUGCUUGCACCGAAACACAAGUGAGCGCGAGCAGAAGACAAAUUCACCGGAAAAAACCUUCACAGAUUAGAUAUUUCCUUUUCUUUCAUAAGCGUGGACGUACCGUAGAUCCAGGUGUGUUAGGAUGCCAAUCCCCAAUCUUUCCGGUUAAACGGAGAACACUGUUCUGUCGUGUCACUGGAGAAGCAGCUGAAGAUCAAGUACAGCAUGGGAGCCAACAGAGCCAGCAGGUACAGCAUUGUGUCUCCUGAUGAGGAGGGACUGAAGAUCUCCACCCUCGGCCUCUACAACGGCCACUGCUCCGGACGGCUUCACUCCCCUGGAGCAGAGGUGGGUUCGAACAUGGCAUCAGCGCUGAUGAGGACCGGCUACAAUGGGAAGAUCCCCACAUCAGGCCAAGGCCAGCUACGUUCCCGCUUCGUCAAGAAGAACGGCCAGUGCAAUGUGGUCUUCGCCAACAUGGACGACAAGCCAUGGCGGUACCUGGCGGACAUCUUCACCACAUGCGUGGACAUCCGUUGGCGGUACCUGCUGAUGGUCUUCUGCUCCACCUUUCUGCUGUCCUGGCUCGUGUUUGGCCUGAUCUUCUACAGCAUAUCUUUAGUGCACGGAGACUUCGAGAAAGAUCGCGGAAGCAGCGGAAGGCCAUGGAAACCGUGUUUGCAGCAUGUCGAGGGUUUCGUUGGUGCAUUCCUGUUCUCAAUCGAGACUCAAACCACGAUUGGUUACGGCUGGCGCUGCGUGACCGAAGAGUGUCCGGUAGCUAUCGUAACGGUGGUGGUGCAAUCCAUCGUUGGGUGCAUCAUUGACUCUUUCAUGAUUGGCACCAUUAUGGCCAAAAUGGCACGUCCGAAGAAGCGAAACCAAACCUUGAUGUUUUCGCAUAACGCAGUGAUUGCACUGCGAGAUGGAAAGCUGUGUUUAAUGUGGCGUGUUGGGAACCUUCGGCGGAGCCACAUUGUUGAAGCCCACGUCCGCGCGCAGCUCAUCCGCCCCUACAUGACAGCGGAGGGCGAGUUCAUCCCGCUGGAACAGAUGGAUUUGAACGUGGGCUACGACGACGGUACAGACCGCCUCUUCCUGGUGUCACCGCUAGUAAUCGUGCAUGAAAUCGACGAGGACUCGCCGCUGUGGGGAUUGAGCCGCGUGGAUCUCGAGUCUGAUGAUUUCGAGAUCGUAGUGAUCCUGGAGGGAAUGGUGGAGGCGACAGCAAUGACCACACAAACGCGUAGCUCGUACCUUUCCCGCGAGAUCCUAUGGGGUCACCGCUUCGAGCCGGUCAUCUUCGAAGACUGUGACCGCUACCAGGUCGACUACACACACUUCCACAAGACCUAUGAGGUUCGCUCAACGCCCACUUGCAGCGCUAAGGAGCUGAGCGAACUGACCGGACACCGUUCAUCUGGGACGUCCCGCUCCGUGACGCCAUCUCAGACGCUUCUCCCACCGCACUCGCCCAGUGCCUUCUGCUACGAGAACGAGGUGGCGCUGUGCUGCGGUGAGGACGACGAGGACCGAAAAAUGUUCCAGGAUUCGGCCACAAUGACCUCCGGAAACAACAUGCUCUGUGUACUAGACAUGGGCAAUCAGAUCGGGUUUGACAUCCUGCAGACUGCCAUCCCAGUCCACCCCAUGACUUAUAAGAGCGAAUCUGAGAUAUGACCUUCUCACUAGUACAUCCAUUUAUUUAAACACGUUUAUUUAUACAGAAAUGGAUAGUUAAAUAAAUAUUUAAGUUGAUUAUUUGAAUGUAUUCUACUUAACGCAAUUAUUUUAUAUAAAUAAAACUAAAUAUAAUAUAAUGCAUUUAUUUAUAUAAAUGUAUUAUGUAAAUAUAAUGCUCUUGAAUAGUUUAUAUAAAUAUACAUUUUUGUAGAAAUAUGUUUAUAAAUACUUGAAUACAUUUAUAAAAAUACAUAUAACUAUACAAGUAAAUUUUUUCAAAUGUAUAAUUUACAUAUUAAUAUAAAAGCACACUUAUUCAUAAGUAAUGUAUAUGUAUAAUAUAAUUAUGAUACACCUGAUUGAUUUAUUUGCAUAAAUAUAAUUGGCUAGUAAUAGAUGUGUAUAUAAAUAAUAAAUAUAUUCAAUUAUAUAAAAUGCAUUAUAUUUAUUUAAAUACAUUUAUUAAAAAUAAAUACAUGUAUUAUUUGUAUACAUAUACAUUAAUAUAAAUAGUAAUUUAUAAGUCAUAAAUUUACUCAUGUAUAAAACUAUAUUAUUUAAUGCAACCAAAUAAUUCACUAUAAAUAAAUAUACUAUUAUAAGUAAUGCAUUUGUAUAUAAAGAAUACAUGUUUUUAAAUAAAUGUAUAUUAAUUUACAUACAUUUACUAUAUUUACAUGAAUAAAUACAUCUAUCUGUUAUUUACUUCUGAAUAAAAGUUUCAGAAGACUGAAACUACUGAAGCACAAAUAACUUCACCAAAGGAGCCGAGCUCAGGAAGGACUGAUGUUUCUCUCUGUUCAUCUGUACAGUUACUGUAAAUAUGACAAAAACCUGUCAGAUUCUGUGCAAAAGAGGAGUUUUGAAAACUUGAAUACAAAAGCAAUAGUAAUAAGAGUAAUAUUAAAUCAUUUAAAUUUGAGUUGAUUUUUUUUUUCCGCAGCUCUGUUAUUUAAUGAAUUAUUUUGAUGUUUUGAGGGAUGGAAAGAUGAAAUCUUUGAAAACUGUCUAAGAUUUAUUUCCAUCCUGGUGAAAAUCUCAAUGCUUCAUCAAAAUUGUUUUAAGAAUUUAUGUUUGAAUCAAUGCCAGCUUUCUAUCGUUAAAAAUGUGAAGCUUUUCAAGAUAUAGAGAAAGCAUGAUUAAAUCUGAAAUCUAGGGAAGCCCAUUUAUGCUAUGGAAUAAAAACAUUAAUAAUAAAAUAAAAAAAACUUUCUUUUUUUUACAAAUCUGAGAAAAAAAUAGAAACUGGAAAAAUAAUGGAUAGUUAAUAUUAUUUAUAUAUAUAAAUAAAUUAAAUUAUACAAUUUAUAUCUCACAAUUCUGUUUUAUUUCCACCACAGAAUAAUUUUUUUACUAAUUUAAUUCCAAUUUUCACAGAAUUCCAAAUGUUUUUCUCAGAAUUCCAAGUUUAUAUCUAUCAAAUCUGAGUUUAAAAUCUUGCACGUCACACUUUUUCCUGGUAAUUCUGAGUUAAUAUCUCACAGUUCAGUAUUUGUUUCUCACAAUUCAGACUUUUAAAUUGCACAAUUCUGAGUUUAAAUCUCGCAAUUCUGACUUUAUAAUAAUAUAAAAAGUCUGAAUUGUGAAAUAAAUCAAUUGUUUUAUUCUGUGCUGGAAACAGGCUUCCAUAUAUAACACUGCACCUAAUGCAGUCUUAAGCAGCUGAUUCUGGGUCUUCUCAGAUUCAGUUUGACAGGUUAAGCAUGUUGCACAUCAUUAUUAUAAUGCUGUUGAGUGGUUUUGUGUUGGACUCUUCCAGCAUUUAAAAGGGAUGAGGUUUAAUACAGUCGCGCCGUUUGGUGAUGUGUGUUUGUGGACAAAGCACUUUUACUCUUGAACUGUACUGUGAAACUCAGACAGAUGAUGCGGUGAUAUAAACUGAUGUAAUGAGUUACAAAUGCUCCAGUCUUUAAUGUAUAAACUAGAGAUCAAUAGCAAUGUUCAUUUUUGUUAUGUUCAUCACUGGUUCCCCUAGACUUGCCUCCCAUCAUACUGUUCUCGGGACGGUUCUGGGUGAACCUGAUGUGUGUGAAUAUAAAACUGCUGCAUGAUGGGAAAUUUUCAGAGCUGGUUUUAUUGUACUCUUCCCAUUUCAGAUGGAGAAACUUUACUUGAAAGCAUCAGAACUCUUGAAAUGCACUUUAUCUUGUUGUGUUUCACCUUAAUAAAUCUCUCUGCUGCACUA